AUGGCGUUUAUAUUUGAAAUCAUUGCUGGUCCAAUUGUUGAAUAUUUGCUGCCUCCUGUCAAGAAAAAUAUGGGUUAUCUUUUUUCCUCCACAAAACAUGUGAGGAACAUGAGUGCUAAAAUGAACCAACUGGAUGGUACAAGCAUUGAUGUCAAAAAUCACAGGGACGCAAACAAUAUAAAUAAUCUAGAGAUACCUACUCGUGUACCGAGUUGGUUGGAAGAGGUUGAACAGAUUAGGAAAGAUGCUCAAAGCAUUUCAAGUAGUGAGAGUGGAUGUUUUAACAUAAUAAUGAGGUACCGAGUAGGAAAGAAGGCAUUUAAGACUACUGAGGCGAUUGAAUGUCUUAUUACGGAAAAACUUCAAAUGAGCUGGAGUGAUGCUCAAAAACCUCUUGGGAGAGUGAAUUCUAAAAACGCAUCCACUUCUGCACCUUCAGAUGGUGAUGCCCAAAAUCACUUCAAAUCAAGAGAGAAGCCUUUUAAGGAUGCGCUCGGGUUCCUUCAACAAAAUCAGACGAGCAAAGUGAUAGCCCUAUGUGGAAUGGGUGGUGUGGGAAAAACCACCAUGAUGGAACAACUGAAAAAGAAUCUGGAAGGUGAGAAAAUGUUUGAUUUGUUUCUAAAGGUGGUUAUUGGGAAAAAAGAAACGUCUUCUAUUCAGCAAGCUUUGGCAGAAUGCAUAAGUCUAUGUCUAACUGAAACAGAUCCAACAAGAAGGGCAGAACGUCUUGGCAUAGCAUUUACGAAGCUGGCAGAAGCUAAAAGAAAGGUUUUAGUGAUAUUAGAUGAUGUAUGGGAGACGAUCGAACUCAAAGAUAUUGGACUAAGUCCUUUUCCCAACAGCUUCAAGUUAUUGAUGACAUCACGAAAGGAAAAUACUUGCAAGCAAAUUGCAGCAAAAUGUAAUUUUGAUUUGAAAGUAGUUAGAGUGGAACUCAUGGAGGAGCUCGAAGCACAGAAUUUCUUUUGGAAAAUCAUAGGAGUUGCCAAACAAAAUGAUCUGGAGCUCAAUCAAAGUGGAACAGAGAUUGUGAGAGAAUGUGGGUGUUUGCCCCUUGCCAUUAAUCUCGUUGCCAGUCGUCUUAAGUUUGAAGAAAAAGUUGCAUGGAGAGAUACACUUCGUCGUUUGAAGAAUAAAGAUCUUGAUUAUGUGCAAGAAAGUGUUAAGAUAAGCUAUGACUAUAUAAAAGAGGAUGAGGAAAAAGAGAUCUUUCUUCUUUGUGGCUUGUUUCCCGAUGACUUUAAUAUUCCAAUCGAGGAACUCACAAGAUAUGCAUGGGGCCUACGGUUGUUAAAUGGAGUUUCUACUAUGGGAGAGGCUAGGGACGGGACAGAGACGCAUGUGCAGAGUCUCAGAAAAGCAAAUUUGUUGAUGGAUAGCGAUUCCAUUGGGUGUGUCAAAGUGCAUGAUCUUGUGCUUGAUUUUGUUUUAGGUAGAGUUUCUAAGGGUAACCAUCCAUGGGUAAUCAAUCAUGGUGAUAAUUCAAAGUGGAGUAGUGUUGGAAUGAGUGAAUCUUGUAACAUAAUUUCUAUUACUUGCAGGGGUAUGUUUGAGUUUCCUAGAGACUUUAAAUACCCAAACCUAUCACUUUUGAGACUUAUGGAUGGAGAUAAGUCGUUUGAGAUUCCUGAAGGUUUUUAUGAAAGAAUGGAAAAUCUUGAAGUUGUAGCAUAUGAAAAAAUGCAGUAUCCGUUGCUUCCCAGAUCACUUGAAUGCUCCACCAAGCUUCGGACACUCAUUUUCCAUGGAUGCGCAUUGAUGUUUGAUUGCUCUGUAAUUGGUGAACUCUUGAACCUGGAAGUGCUCAGUUUUGCUCAUUGUGGCAUCAGAGAGUUACCAUCCACAAUCGGAAAGUUGAAGAAGCUAAAGCUACUGGAUUUGACGGGUUGUGUCAAUCUUCGUAUUGAUGAUGGUGUCUUGAAAGAUUUGAUCAAUCUUGAAGAGCUUUAUAUGAGAGUUGCUGAUGAAAAGGCAAUUAGGUUCACAGACAGCAAUCAUGCUGAGUUAGCAGAACUUUCAGAGCACCUUUCUGCACUAGAAAUCGAGUUCUUUAAGAACAGUGGUAAGCCCGAGAAUGUGUUGUUUACGAAACUUGAAAGGUUCAGGAUCUCCAUGGGACGUAGUUUAGGAUACAAUCCUGAAUUAAAGAUGCACUCAUUUGAAAACACGUUGAUGUUGGUCACUAACAAAGAUGAGCUAUUGGAAUCUAGAUUGAAUGAGUUGUUUGUGAAAACAGAGGUGCUUUUUCUAGAAGUGGAUGGUAUCAAUGAUUUUCAUCAACAUUCGUUUAAUAAUCUAAGAGUCCUUGAUGUUUUCAAGUGUGAAAACUUGAGAUACCUCUUCACAGUCCCUAUUGCAAAUGGUUUGGUGAAGCUUGAGCGCCUCACAGUUACACAGUGCCCUGUUCUGGAAGUACUUGCAUAUAGUGAGAAUGGUGGAGAUGGAGUAAUUAAGUUUCAGAAGCUAAAGGUUCUAUGUUUGGGUUGGCUACCAAAAUUGAUAGGUCUUUGCAACACUGUUAAUGUAAUUGAGCUACCACAGCUGGUGGAGUUGAUUCUUGCGGGCCUACCUAAUUUCAGUAGCAUUUAUCCUGAGAAAACAUCUGCAACAUCUUCUAUGUCCAGUAAUAUCUCUGCAAUUCAACCAUUCUUUAACAAAGAGGUGUUGAUUCCUAUGUUGGAGAAAUUACAAAUCUCUAGUAUGGAUAGUUUGAAAGAGAUAUGGCCUUAUCAAUUUACUAGUAGGGACGAAGUUAAUGCCUGCAUGUUGAGAAAGAUUGAAGUAGACUCUUGUGAUAAUAUUGUGAAUCUGUUUCCAACCAAUCCCAUGUCUUUGCUGGGUCGUCUGGAAGUGCUUGAUGUUUUAUCCUGUGGAAACAUUGAAGUGUUAUUUAACAUCGACAUGAGUUGUGUUGGUGAAAUUGAAGAGUACAGUAGCAACUUGAGACUCAUUAAAGUAUCUAAUUUGGGGAAGCUAAGAGAGUUGUGGAGGAUGAAAGGUGAAAGUAGCACUGAUAUCCUCAUCCGUACCUUUCAAGCUGUUCAAAGGAUAGAAAUAGAAGAGUGUGAGGGGUUUGUAAACGUAUUCACACCUACUGCCACCAAUUCUGAUGUGAGAAGACUUAUGAAUGUGAGUAUAGAUGGUAGGAGACCUUGUGAAGAAACCGGGAGAAACAUUGAAUUGGUUCAGAAAAGCAAGGAGAUUAAUGUCAUAUCCAAGGCAGAGACCAUUUCAGAGGUGUAUGGUAAUAUUCCUGACGUUGAAUCCUCAAUCCAUCCCAUACCUUUUCUUAAUCACCUUGGAGGACUUCAUGUAAAUGGCUGUAAGGAUGUUGAAGUGGUGUUUGAGAUAGAGAGUUUCAGUAGCAACAGCAGCAGCAGCACAGAUUCCACAACAACUCUGCAUAAAUAUAAUCAUCAACCACCACUACUACUUCCCCACCUGAAGUUCUUAUUUUUACAAGAUAUGGAGAGGAUGAGUGAUGUGUGGAAGUGCAAUUGGAAGAAACUUGUAAUUCCUCAAAACCAAUCAGAAUCCUACUCAUUCCACAAUCUCACAAACAUAUACAUGGGUUCCUGCAAUAGCAUAAAGUACUUAUUUUCACCUCUCAUGGGCAAACUUCUUCCCAACUUAAAGGAUGUCAGGAUAUGGAAUUGUGGUGGUAUUGAGGAAAUUGUUUCAAAUAGAGAUAUUAAUGAUGAAAAUGAAGAAAUAAUAUCUUCUACUCACACAAACAACAUAUCCUCCUUCCCUCUUCUUGAUUAUCUCAACCUUGAUUCUCUGCCAUGCCUAAAGAGUAUCGAUGGUGGUACUACAAUCACAACUACUUCCACCCAUGAUCAGUUCAAGUGUUCUCAAUGGGACGGCUGCAUAAGCUUUGAAGAGUUGAGAAUAUGGAAUUGUAAGUCAAUAGUAGAGCUAUUUGAAACUGAAUGGGCCAACAACAAUGGUGUUGAUAGUAGUAAUGUUGGUGAUGGAAGUGACGAUACAUGUACUGCAAUCACCAUCCCAAGGUCGGCAAAUAUGACUCUGCUUCAAUUGGCCAACCUAACGGUAUUUCACAUCUAUGACUGUGAAGUUUUGGAAUAUAUAUUCACAAGUUCCACACUUGAAAGCCUCAAGCAACUCAAAGAAAUGACUGUAGAAAAAUGCAAGGCAAUGCAAGUGAUUGUAAAGGAAGAUGGAGAGCACACAGAAAAAUCUAAAUCUAUAAUAGUCUUUCGACGUCUCCAGUCCCUUACACUAACAGAUUUACCAGAUCUCAAGGGUUUCUUCUUGGGGAUGAAUGAGUUCACGUGGCCAGAAUUGGAAAAGGUUGAGAUGUAUGGCUGCCCACAAAUGAUGAAUUUCACAUCUGGUCACUCCAUGACUCCGAAGCUCAACUACAUACAUACAGGAUUAGGCAAGCAUAGUCUCGAAUGUGGCCUCAACUUCCAUUUGACCAAUGCUACACAUGAGACUCAACUCCCUGUGUGCUCUACUCCAGAUAUGAUAAAGCUACUUCAGUUCCCUUGGUCUUUUUCAAAUUUAGUUGAAGUUUAUGUACAUGAGAGUUAUGUCAAAUUGUUGGAAAGACGUAUAAUUUUUCCAUGCAAGGAGUUGCUUAAUUCGAAGAAUCUUGAAAAGCUUUCUAUUACUAUACAGUAUGUUCAAUCUAAAAUAGAGGAGGUAUUUGAAGUAGCAGAAGGGACAAAUGAAGAAGUGGAUAUUGAAACAAAAUCUGUUGUGGCUUUUCAGAAGCUAAAGGAGGUGACUUUGGGUGGAUUAAAUAAUCUGAAGCAUAUGUGGAAGAGCAAUCAGUGGAUAGUGUUGAACUUUCCAAACCUUACAAAGGUGUCAAUUAAUAAAUGUCCAUGUCUUGGACACGUUUUUAGUAGUUGCAUGGUUGGCAGUCUAUUGCAGCUCCAAGAGCUACAAAUAAGUGAGUGCGAGAGUAUGGAUGUGAUUGUCAAACAAGUUGAAGAUUCCGAAACCAGACCGACUAAGGUUGUGUUCCCUUGUCUAAAAUCCAUAACACUUCACAAGCUUCCAAAUCUCAAGGGAAUAUUCCUGGGAAACGAGGCUUUUGAAUGGCCAUCGUUAGAUGCUUUGGAAAUCAAAGAUUGUCCACAAAUAACAGUUUUCACAAAUGGGAAGUCAACUACUCCGGUGCUGAAGUUAAUUGAUACAACUUUUGGAUUGUGUCAAAUAAUGGAAGACCCAAACUCUUUUAUAAAGACCAAACAACAAGAGGGAUGGGAGUUCUAGAGAAACAUCAAAUUCACACGUUCAGUUUGGUGCUUUAAUGAGCUAAAACUGAAAUGGAGUUGUUAAAUUGAAAAAAAUGGCCAAAAUAUAGGGAUUUUUCUGUAUAUUUCCCUUUUGGAUUUCAACUUCCAUUGUCGCGUUGUUACUUAAUUAGCUUAGAU